AUGCAGAUGAAACAUUUUAGAGGACCCCACACGGCAGACAAUAUUCGAUCAGUGCUUUUAGAUUUAUCCUUGAGCUGGGAUAUUGACACUAUCAUUUAUCUUGUUUUGAGAGACAAUGGACCCAAAGAGGUGAAAGCUAUAAAUGAUAGUCAAUAUGUUGGCAAAGGAUGCUACAUACAUACGCUGCAGUUAGCCGUAAAAGCAUCGUUGAAAGAACAAAAUGUAAUCGACGUUAUUGCCUCAGCUAGAAAAAUUGUAGGCCACUUUAACCAUUCUGCAGCGGCACAAGAAAAACUGACCCUGAUACAAAUAGAGCUGAAAUUGCCAGAGCACAAACUCGUGCAAGAUGUUACCACAAGAUGGAAUGUGAUAGCGAACUUUACACAUGUAGAACACAGGCUGAUACCACAUGAAGUACUGGACUCACGGCAUGAGCGACAAGAAACUGAAAAUUGCACUUCAGGUUGUUACAAAAGUAAUAUCAUUUGUAAUAACAAAAAAUACGCCGCUCGAACUCAGCGAGAUUCUAAUGUUCAAGCUAAUCUUCAAGAGCUAACAUAUCGUACUUUUUCGAAGAAUGGGAGAGUCAGACAAGAAUCACAAGGUAUUCAAGUAGAUUUGGAUACAACUUUCCCCACGGAUAAAAUCAGUAAAAAUCAACUUAAAAAUCAAACAAUACAAUGCUUUUGUAACUGUAGUAAUAUGACGGAUAUAGUGAGCACUACAACUGGCGAUGUGACCAACAGAGGUACAAUAAAAGAAAUCAGAAGUCCUCUCGUAAUAAUAUCAGUAUAUCCAAAAAAAGAUGCAUCUGAAAAUGUUAGCAGUCACACUCUCAUGAAACAACGUCCAAUCUCACCUAAAAAAAACACUAAUACAGUGGUUCAAAAGACUGAAAGGAAUUAUAAUAAAAGUACAAACAGAAAUAUGCAACCGAGUCGUUCACCUUCACCUACAAGGCAAAAUUUUACUAAAGAAAACCCUUUUAAUCGAACUGUUGACACUAGAUUUCUUAGGACCGAUUAUAAAAUGAAGAACUCGAAUUACCAAUCUUCAUCUAAUGUUCGGAAAAAAGUUUCACCCACUACUGAAUCAAGCAACAAUACGACAAAAUCCAAUACUAAAGCCAAGUUCUAUAAAAAGUUUCCUGUCAGUUUUUCUUCACGAGAUUCCAAAGGUAUAAACAAUCGAUCGCCUAAAAAGAAGACUUUUGUUGAUAAUUACACAAAACCCAUUAAAGUGAGCAAAAAAGACGCCGGAAAUGACUCAUCUCUUUGGAAAAAUAACUCAUCUGGGGUCAAAGUUAACAUUGAUAGUGGCAAAGGACGCUACAAUGUUAUGUGGCACCAAAGUAAUGUAAAUACAAACUUGAAAGUUCAAAAGGUAAUUAAAGACCAAGAGUCGCAAAAAUCUACCGAUGAUGAGUAUGCAUCAAUGGAGAAUUAUUUAAUGCUAUCAGAGGGCAAUAAAGACAGAAAACGAUCAGUAUCGCAAACGCUUUGUUGUUCUCAGGCAAGUGGUACAGAAUAUGAUGAUACUUCUCAACACAGCGACCUUGAUACAAUAGUUAAUAGUGACAGGAGUGAUUCUGAGCCAAAGGUUUGCAUGAAAACUACUCAAACCUGUGACAUCUGUGAUGAAUUUUAUGGCUCACAAAGCAGCACCAAUUUCUUCGCGCCCAUCAAGCACUACCAUGGAGACAACUGCAAAAUAACCGAUCCGUUAGAAAGGGAUAAGGAAAUCAGAGAACUGCUCGGCGUUCAACCAAGCCGACCCGCUGUCUCCAGAUCCAUCACGCAAGCAUAUAGUGUCAUAUCUUCUGGACAUGUGAAGAAAGUUCCAAAGAAGGUAAGCUGCGUUAGUCAUACCCAAGGGAUCCAAACUUUCAAAUGUGGAAAAAAAUCACGGAGACAAAGUACAAAAGAUGACAGAAUCUGUAGUAGUAAAAAUUUGAAAAGAGGUUCUUGUGUUUGUGAGGCUGUACAAACAGUACCCAGCAAAAGAAGCAUAGACAGAAGAACAAUGUGCAACACAUAUAUGUUAUAUAAGGAACAAAAUGUUAAUGAAUCUGCGAAUUUGUCUGCAGAAGACGUGCCAAGACACGCCAGGUCAUCUCUGGAAAUAAGAUACGCUAAUGUUGCUUACAAGCGUGUAACAUUUUCAUCAACAAAUGUCGGCAAUAUUGCAUCAGAAUCUCUUUAUUCGAAACAAAACGAUAAUUACUCAAUGUAUUCUUUACUCAAAAGGCAUAAGAAAUCAGCAACUCCAAAUCUUGGCACUUCGGCAUAUUCCUUGUAUUCAGAAGCGACUGGGUCCGACCAAUCCAUUAAAUACUUACUCUCGCCGCGUGGGUCUAAGCAAAAGCGGCCGUUACUCAGAAGACUCAUGUCCUGUUUAGUGAUGCAUUCGGCCAGAGAAUCUAAUAUUAAAAUUCCUUGCGGGUUGACCAGUAAAGUGUCUGGCGUCAAUAGUUCUAUUGAUUCCUACUAUAUAAGCACAUCCCUCGGAGCAAUUGAAGUAACAUCGUCCAUGUACGACACGUCGGCCUCUUACUACACUAACCACACAGUACUACCCGUAGACAAAAUGAAGAGAGGCUUUUUAAAAUCAGUGCGGGGUUUUCUUGCUAGUAAAAGAAGUUGA